UGUGUAAUAUAGUUUUGCAUGACUUUACUACAGUAAUGACGUAGCGUAAAGAAAUUACAGAUUUCUUGUAGCACUGGCGGCUUCCUCAGCUGCAGCAGGAGUGGAAUGGGUAACCUAAAUGAUAAUGUCGAUCACAGAUUUCUACCAGCCUUGUUGAUAGUCUUAUCCUGUGUGUUUGGACUGUCUCUGGGAACGGAGCUGAGCUUUGUGACAUGCGGAUCAGUGGUUAAACUGCUCAAUGUGAAGCACAAUGUGAGACUACACUCUCACGAUGUACGGUACGGAUCCGGUAGCGGUCAGCAGUCUGUGACCGGCGUGGGCGCCGUGGAGGACAGCAACAGCUACUGGAGGGUCCGGGGGACGAGUGAUACUCGGUGUCAUCGGGGCACCCCGGUGGAGUGUGGGCAGAUGAUCCGCCUCACUCAUGUCAACACGGGCCGCAACCUGCACAGCCACCACUUCUCCUCCCCGCUGUCCUCCAACCAGGAGGUCAGUGCGUUUGGCGAGGACGGGGAAGGGGACAACCUGGACGAGUGGACGGUCCAGUGCGGGGGAUCUGUGUGGAAACGCGAGGAGGCCGUCCGCUUCCGUCACAGGGCCACCGACGCGCUGCUGUCGGUGACGGGGGAGCAGUACGGGCGGCCCAUCCACGGUCAGAUGGAGGUGCACGCCAUGUCCAGCCCCAGUCAGCACAGCCUCUGGAAGGCCAUGGAGGGAAUCUUCAUGAAGCCCAGCGAGAGCCCCGCGGGCAGCCGGGACUACAGCCACCCGCACACAGAGUUCUGAACUCCCCCUGUCCUCCUCUCUGCUCCUGUCUCCUCCCACUCCCCCGCCCGCCUGGCUCUGUCUCUAAGCGGCCACCGCCCCCCCUACAAGGAAUGAAUGAAUCUGCGGACAAUCACAUUGAAACUUGAAUCCUCAAAUAUGCAGCAGGCUACAAGCAGAUGGGUAAAAUAUGUAAACAGUGUUCUAAUAACGGGUGCAAAAAGAGGCGGAGUAUUAAAAAUGGUCUUUGUUACAGUUUGUGCCACUUUGUGCCCAACAUGUGGGGCACUUGUUUUUCUCAGCUGUUAUUUAUUACCACACUACAGCUCAGAGGGUUACGCGGGUUUGAAGGCCGAUAAACUCACCAAGUGAGUGUUGUGCUUUAUGGAGGAGACGCCAUAGGAGCUUCCUAGAGUGUUCACCCCUCAGUGUUUUUCCUUUUUUUUUUUUUUUACAACCUUUAAUUUUAAUUUCUCCUGACUUUUUUUGUGGUCAAAUGGACAAUAAAAAUUAUUAAAGAAAUUAAGAAA